GUGUGCCGUGACAUUCCAGAUUAUUUCUCGUAUAAACAAUCAAAAUAAUUUUUUAAAAAAUUAACAGUUAUUUUGCAUUAAAUUUUGUAGAGUAUCUUUUCUGCUUUGGGUAAAAUUUGAUAGCCUUGCGAAGAACAUAAAAGGUUAGCAAAAAAAUUUAACAUUGCGCAUUAGACAAUAAGAUAAUAAAAAUAGAAAUCGUGUAUAUUUACAAAGUGCAAAAGGCAAAGUGAUAUAAGGCCUGAUUAUGUACAAAUGGCUUUAAUUGCUUCGAAACUCAAUUCCCUUCGUAUCUGUCCAUUAAAAAUACAAAAUAAUGUAGUAGUUCAUUAUAGCAAGUUUUUUCAUGAAAAAGAAUACAAGAAAUGCUUUAAAACCCUUGAAAUUGACGAGAGAAGUGAUCAGGAACAGAUUCGAAUCGCUUAUCUGCAACUGGUAAAGAGAUUCCAUCCAGAUAGUGGUACAGAAGAAGCCAAUGCUGAUAAAUUCCAUGAAAUUGACAAUGCCUUUAGAACACUCAUGCACAGAAAAUCCAAAGAAGUGGAUGUUGUUGAUGAAGCUAUUGUACAAGAACAGGACAUUAAGCACACAGCUCCUCAACAUAGGCAAUAUUUGAGCUAUGGUGGAGUGGGAUCAGGAAAUCCCUAUCAAAGAGAAAAACAGUAUACAAAAAUGAGAGCCAUGCAAGCGUCUGAAAACCUGUACAAUCAUCGCAUGGGAAAAGUGUCCGCUGGUGAACAUGCUUUAAUGGACAAAAUGCCUCUAAAACACAAAAUCAAAACAAAAUACGGAUUCGACAGGUUGGUAGAAGAUUUAAUACAAGAGUCGAUGUCACGUGGAGAGUUCAGUAAUUUAAAAAAUAGUGGAAAACCAUUACCAGAUCAUCAAAAUAGAAAUCCCUACGUAGAUUUUACAACCCACAAGUUAAAUGAGGUUCUAAUUGAAAAUGGGUUUACUCCUGAAUGGAUUUUACUCCAAAAGGAAAUUCGUGAGGAAGCUACGUCGCUCCGAAAAAGCUUAUUUUCGGAAAGGCAGUAUUUUGGUUCUUAUCCUCUUUCAGUGGAGGACAAUAUUGAAUGGAGUGAAAAAGUAUACAACUAUAAACAAGUAGUCGAUCAACUAAAUAAGAAAAUAGCUAAAUUCAAUUUAGUUGUGCCCGUUUUGAAUAAGCAAAUGAUACAAAUCAGUUUAGAAAGAGAAGCUCAACGGGUUAUGGUGAUAGGAAAGGGUUACGAAGACUUACGACAUUCCGACCAGAGACCGACGAAAUAUAAAAAAGAACUCAAACAACCUGCUGCUAACAGUAUAAACAUAUUUGGUUUGCUAGAGUAUAUGUUUAAGACAAAAUGACUGAACAUUA